AGGAAGCUGGGAAGGACGGAGGGCAGGGCAGUGCUACAAAGACCCCGCAGGUCUGGGACGUCCCUGGGGAAUUCCAAUCAGUUUUCCGGGUGCUGGGGAGUCCCCCUCGCCCCUGUGAGCAAGGUCGCAGCGGGAUACUCGCAGUGGGUCGCCGCCCUUGGCUAGCUCCAGAAGCCCAAGUCCGUGACUCGAGAGGCACAGCGAUGGCAGGCCCCCGGCACCCCGUGUCGAUAUGCACACUGGCCCUAGUGCAGACAGAGCGGCAUCAGACAUUUGCCUUCUCUGUGAGCUGGUCGGACGACAGCGACACCUUUGUGCGCAGGAGCUGGGAUGAGUUCAAGACACUUCACAAGACCCUCAAGGAAACCUUCCCGGUAGAGGCGGGCCUGCUGCGGAGAUCAGACCGCGUUCUCCCCAAGCUUCGCGACGCAUCGCUGUUGGUGCUCGGGGGGCGCACCGGCCGCGGCCUAGCGCGCCUGCGGCUGCUGGAGACCUACUCGCGGGCGCUGCUGGGGGUGGCGGAGCGCGUGUCCCGGAGCCCGGCGCUCACCGGUUUCUUUGCGCCGCAACCCCUGGACCUGGAGCCCACACUGCCACCUGGCAGUCUGGUGAUCCUGCCUGCCCCUGAAGAGCCCACGCCCCGCCCACCGGACAGCCUCACCAUCCGUGGCCUGGAGGCUCAGAGCCUGCGCUGCCUGCAGCCUUUCAGCACCCAGGACAUGCAGGGCCGGCCUUUCCAAGCACGGGCCCAGGAGGCCCUAGACGUGCUGCUGCGACACCCCUCAGGCUGGUGGCUGGUGGCAAAUGAAGACCAGCAGACAGCAUGGUUUCCUGCUCCCUACCUGGAGGAAGCAGCCUUGGGCCAAGAGCAACAACCCCUAGGGAGUGGUGGGCCCCAAUUCUGCACUGCCCUCGCCUAUGAGAGCAGCCACGAGGAUGAACUGUCCGUGCCCGCAGGGGUGCGGGUGCGCGUGCUGGAAACUUCCGACCGCGGCUGGUGGUUGUGCAGGUUCGGCAGGCGCUCUGGUCUUCUCCCGGCCGUGCGGCUGCGACCAGAGGGUCUGGGCGCUCUCCUGAGUAGACGGGGGCUCCACCGCGAGGCCAACGGUGAGGAGAUUAGAGUGGGAGAGGCCCAAGGCUCCCCUGAGACCUCCCAGGCCGCGACCCUUCCCCCUACCGUGCCGGCCCGCCCCACGCUGAGCGCCAUUCAGAGCCGCUGCUGCACCAUCACCCGCAGGGCACUGCUGCGCAAGGACCCCCUUGAGGGUGUGUGGAAUUGCGCAGAGGGCAAGCCAAACGCUCCAGACCCCGGGGAGGACUGAUGCCAGCCACCACCAUCAGGGCUGGGGGAGGAGCAUGUGAGGGUGGGAACCUUGGCGGGAAGGGCCAGGAAGCUAUACUCCUCCAUCGCCUGAGUAAAGCUCUUCUGACUGAUCCACACCUCGUGUCUGCCUGUACUUAGGGGCAGGGCCUUUUGGAUCUUGGCCAGGCCAGGGCACAGGGGUGGGACCUGGGACCUGGGCUGAGACAAAGCCCCGACAGACACAGGGAAUCAGGGUAGACAAGUAAUCUUUCAGCAUGUUUCAGAGAGCAGAGGGGGCCACAGGCAGUGGGGGCAACUUCAUGUUGUGCCACAGAAAGUCCAGGAAGGUGGCUGCCUGCAGUGUCCGGCUGAGUCGCUGAAAAUGCCGCUCUGGAGGAGGACAGAGGGACGUCAGGGGGUCUGGCCGGGCCGCGCCCUGUCCCGCCGGCCCCCUUCCCCCCCACCACCUACCGGUGUAGGGUAGCAGGGCCUCGAGUGAGGCCUGCAGGCCCUGAUAGGCCAGGAGCUCUUCCGGGGCCUCGUGCCGCAGGAGCACACCCAGCACAGCUUGGGCUUCGUGGCAGUGCCUGGAGUUGGUGUUCCACGUGACACAGAAGCGCAGCAAG